AUGGUAGCAACCGGAAGACAACAAACAUCAUACAUGCGUAACAGCAUUUCGAGUUAUGUUGAAAGUGAUUUCGAGUCUCCUAAAAAGAAAUCUAAGAAAAACGUAACACCACAUGGAAUAAGAUUAUACAACAAAAAACCGUUGAAAAUUAAGAACAAAAGUAAUUUGAAUAGCGAUUUGGUUCCAAUUGGUGAUGGUCAUGCCUUAAUUCCAAACCGUUUACUAAAACACAUGGAUUGGACUUCUUACACGAAUGCUACCAGAAAACUUUUGAGAGCAGUGUUUUCAAGAAGUGUACUGGCAACACAUUCUCUUACCGGGAAACCAUCGCCGGCAUUCCCGAACAAACCAGCAAAGAAACAAUUAAAUCCAAUGCUUGUGAAUGAUAUUGUUCAAACUGUUGUGGAUAACUGUCGAGUUCCAGAGAGCGUUGUAAGGACCAGUAUAACGACCAAAUGCGCUGACGAAAGCAAAAUGCUCCGCAGUCGUAUGCGAAAAAAUAAACGUGAUUGUGAUAUAAUAGAUAGAGAAAAUAUUUCGCCGUCAGACAGCAAAUCCGAUGAUUCUGACGAUUCCUUCUAUUCCGACUGAUUUUGAUUCUCCUAAAAUAUUAUUGGUUGACUUAG